AUGAAUUACCGAGAUUUGCUUAUUGGCGCUCUGAUGAUCACCGGCGUGGUGGCUCAGCAAGAGGCGGUUAAGUUUGUUGAGGAGCAGCAGCCGCUGGCCUUCGACAAGAAGCUUGGCUUUGAAAUCGAGGAGCAGGCUCGCGAGGCUCGUAAGAACCCGGACAAGACGGUCGACCAUCCCGAGUACGUGCCCUACAGCGAUGCCGUCAGCGAGGCUGUGCUGUUUGAGCAGUUCACCGACUCCGAAGACGACAUUUUCGCCAAGUGGAAGACGUCGCAUGCCAAGAAGGCUAUCACCGACGAGAAGGAGGAAUUUUCCUACGUCGGCGAGUGGGCCAUUGAGGAGGCCACCAUUUACCCUGGUUUGAAGGGCGACAAGGGUCUUGUUCUCAAGUCGCCUGCUGCUCACCACGCAAUCUCCCGUCGCUUCGACAGCGUGCUCGACAACACCGGGAAGACUCUUAUCGUCCAGUACGAGGUCAAGCCUCAGCAGGGUCUUACCUGCGGCGGUGCCUAUGUCAAGCUGCUUUCUGACUCCGACCACUACUCGGAGAACGAGUUCUCCAACGAGACCCCUUACGAGGUCAUGUUUGGCCCUGACAAGUGCGGUGCGACUGACAAAAUCCACCUCAUUAUUCGCCGCAAGGACCUCAACACUGGUGAGGUCAAGGAGCACCAUUUGGUCGCCCCUCCUCGCACUUUCCCCGGCACCAUGUCCACUCUAUACACUCUGAUCUUGAACGAUGACCAGACCUACGAGAUCCGUGUCAAUGGCGAUGUCCGUAAAGCCGGCAGCCUCAUCGAGGAGGGUGUUUUGAACCCGCCUCUUAACCCUCCCAAGGAGAUCGAGGACGCCUCUGAGGAGAUGCCCGAGGACUGGGACGAGGAGCGCUAUAUUCCCGACCCUGAGCAGACCGUCAAGCCUGAUGACUGGGACGAGGAUGCUCCUGCUCAAAUCCCCGACCCCGAUGCUGAAAUUCCUGAGGACUGGCGUGAGGACCUCGAGGAGUUUGUUGUUGAUCCCGAGGCUUCCAUGCCUGAGGACUGGGACGAGGAAGAAGAUGGCGAGUGGGAGGCUCCCCUGAUCUUCAACCCCGAGUGCGAAGAGGUCUCCGGAUGUGGUCCCUGGGUUGCUCCUCUUAUCCGUAACCCCGAGUUCCGCGGUAAAUGGAGACAGCCUCUCAUUGACAACCCCAACUACCAGGGCCCGUGGACUCCUAGCAUGAUCCCCAACCCCGACUACUUUGAGGACAGCACUCCUGCUGAUCUUGCCCCCAUUGCCGGUAUUGGUUUGGAGCUGUGGACUAUGCAAAGUGAUAUUCUGUUUAAUGACUUUUACAUUGGCCACUCUGUUGCCGAGGCAGAGAAGAUCGGUAAUGCCACUUUCCUCCCCAAGCUUGAGGUCGAGCGUGCCGAGUACGCUGCCAAUGCUCCCGAGCCUCCCGAGGAGUUCAAGAUGCCUACCAUGUGGGAGAUCUUCAAGAAGGACCCUCUCGCGUUUGUGCAGGGCGCUGUUCAGAUGUUCUUGAGUGAGUUCGAGGUCGACAAGAUGGGUGCCUUCAAGCACCAGCCCAUCGCGGCCGGUAUUAUGAUCGGCUCGGUUCUGGGUGUCUUUGCCAUUAUCUUCGGUAUUAUGAACGUGAUCACUGGGCUUGUGUUCAAGACCACGCUGCCUACCCCGAAGGAAACCAAAAAGACCACUCUUGCCGCCGAUUCUGCCGAAUCCACCUCGGCCAAGACCGAGAAGGAAACCGUCACUAAACGCAAGUGA